AAGACAUUCUUGUCCAAAAAAGGCUGACACGCUUCGCCGAGGCAGCGUUGCUUCCACCCGGAAAGAAAGAAAGAAGGUGGCUGCCGAAAGCAAUCAACUGUGGCCGGCCACCACCUCAACCAUCCGUCCGGUUUAUGACUCCAGGCGAUCAAUCAGCCGCCGGUUAACCUUCGGGCGGGGGGGUGAGAAAAAAAAAAAGGCGUAGUUUGCAAUUUACGACCAUCGCCUCCUGAUUGGUGAGCAACAUGGCAGACUGCAACGUGAGCAUCGACCAAGAACAACUACCUGGAGUCAAAGACGUGUGCAGAGACUUUGCUGUCCUGGAAGACCACUCCCUUGCCUACAACCUGCAGGAGCAAGAAAUUGAGAGCCACUUGGCGUCCAACGUCCACAAGAGCCGCCUGGUGCAGCAGGACCUGAAGGUGGCCAAGAAGCUGCAGGAGGAGGAGGAUGAGAUCGCCAAGGUCGUGAUCAAGAAGCAGCAUGUCGAAAUCGAGCGCCAAGAUAAUGAGAUCGCCCUUGAGAUUCAGGACCAACUGGUCCGACAGGCCGAACUGCAACGACGCCAGCAGGAAGAGAUAGAUGCGACUAUCGCUCGGGAGCUGCACGAGAAAGAGAUGAAAGAGGAAAGGCGACGGAAGAAACAACUGGAAGAAGAGUACUAUGAGGAUCCAGGAGCUGCAAGACAGCUUCUUGACUUGGACAACCCCGUGCACCACACCGCUAGUUCCUCAAAUGCUGCGGUGAGCUACCCAGCUGAGCACUCGCCAGAUUAUAAUUCCAUCGAGCCAAAAAGGAGCAGGUACCCGAAACAUGACCCAGCAGCCCCACAUAGCUCUAAGUACACUGAACCCCCCCUGGUGGCAGAAGGUGGGCAGCGCAGGCAUGCCGAUACAUACCCAGUUCAUCAGCUGUCCCCAAAAGUUAGGCCUGGGGACAGGUACCCGGACUAUGAACCAGCUGAGUCCAGCAGAGCACAGGACUCGGAAAGAGCGGUGAGACGGAGAGAGAGGCCGACCCGAUCUCCACAUGGUCCCAUGGAGAGAGACGAAGGCUGGCAGAGGGACAAGAGACACAACCGAGACUGGGCCAGAGAACCAGAGCAUUACGUGAGAAAGGAGAAGGACUUGAGAAUGGCGAGAGCAGGAAAAGACAGAGAUGGAGGCCAUAGAGACUAUAGCGAGGACGGGCAAAGACACAAAGGACAUCGAGGCAGGGAAAAGGCUCCUGACCAUGAACCUUUGGAGUCCAGGCGGGGCCGGGGCUCCCGGGAGGAGGAAGAGGAUGAGACCAGGAGGGCCAGGGCUCGCCACAGGGUUCUCUCUGACGAGGUGUUUGACGAGAUCAGGAACUUGGACAGCAGGGAGCUGCCACAAGGGGACGCCUCCAGCGGAGAGACAGGUCGCAUUGUGCUGAAAGGUAGUGGAGCGGUCGUAGGAGAAGAGUAUGGACUCAAUGAGGCCACGAAGGGUCUGGUCAAGCUGGAUCUUCAAGAGCAGGAGCUGAAAGACAUGGAGGUGGCCAGACGACUGCAGGAGGAGGAAGUUAAGGCGAGCAAGAGCCAUGUGCGUGCAGCCCAAGUUGCACAAGAUGAGGAGAUUGCCAGACUGCUGAUGGAACAAGAGAAGAAGGAGUACAGGAAACACAGAGAACGGGGCAAAGAGCGGGAGGAGAAGGACAAGGAGAGGGAGAGGGACAGGGAGCGCUUGGCCAUGGAGAAGAUGGCCAUGGAAAGGAGGCGCCCAGAGGGAGACCACAGGCUAAAUCCAGAGGACGUUGUCCGACCUCGAACCCGAGACGACCAUGACCACCAGAGGCACAAGAACCACCACAAGCCUUCCAGGCAUCCCCAGCCCCAAUCCCACGAGUACGUGAAUUUAAACCCUGGUUACGGCUACCCUGACCACGCCGCUCCUCAACGGGCGCACGCCAGGCCAGAGGCCGCACACAAAGGUGCCUCUUACAAGCGGUGACUCAGGCUCCAGACGCCAUCUUAUUUAUCCUCUUGUCUUCAACCAUUCACUCUGUUGACCUUUGGGACAAUCUUAAUGAGCUGGUAAUGGAUUUUUAGUUGAAUUAUGAUUAUUAUUUCUGUCCCAUGCCGAGGAAACAAGGAGAUUCCGAGCGUGCUGGAACCGCACUCAUCUUUUUGUCUUUUUUUUUUUUUUUUUUAUGUAUACAGCUGAUCCCCGCUAUUAUGGUCCACUAUUUGAGGUUUGUCACCAUUCACAGAUCUUAACCUUCAGCCAAUGUACGCAACUAUAAAAAGCUCUGAUAAUGCCUAUUUUUCAUGUUUAGGGAAUUUAAUACCAACAAAUUCCUGCCAAUACUACAGAGUAUCGAUUCACGUAAAAAUAAAACGGUGCCAUAUUUCCACGUAAACAAUCCAUCCAGCAGCACUCAGGGCGGACUCAAACUCCCUCUAAGUCAUUUUUGACAUUUUCAACACCAGCAAAGCAAGUGUGCUUGGUAGAAAGCACUCCAAUGUAAAUUAAGGAUCCACGCCUCCAAAAUGCUCUAGCUUGUUGCAAAGUUACAUGGGAUUCGCCAUAGACAGGCUACUAUUAGCAUUAACGGUUUUACAUGGUGAUUUCAACACCUCCAAAUUUAGUAAUGAAGACUACAACUAAGAUGACACAGCUGGUGUGUAAUAAUCACCAUACUAACAGUACAAACACUUUGUAGGGCGCAACAUAACACAGUCAGCUUCAUGAAAAAAGUUACUUCCUAGUUAGACAACAUAUCAUGGAUAACCUUUACAGUACUCUUGUCUUGGAACUGCGACUGCAUUGCAAAUAAGAAUCAAAAGUAGUUAUUAUGUUACAUAAAAAAUAAAUGUAUUACCAAAUUAAUACCAUUUAUUAACACAUAAAAGUACUGAAAAUUGGUACCGUUUAGUACCGGUAUCGAUUCCUAGGUACAAUAUUGGUUCAAAUGGGAACGGUACCAUUCCUAUGCUUGUCACACAUAAAGAAAGAAAUCAUCUAUGGCUAUUAAUUGGUUCCGGGCCUGGUUGUGUUAAAUACAUUUCCGUGAAGUAAGAAAUAUUAAUUGUACAUCAAAUAUUUUCAUAGCUGCUGCAUAAAAAAAAAACUGAAAUUUUUUCCACCAUUAUGAGAGUCCUCUCAACAGGAAGUAACACUCUAGUCAUUGCCCUCCUGUAAUACAAGUCAGAAAGGCUGAGCCAAUCAGUGGCCACGAUACUGAACAGUGGACUGACCGCUUUGUUGUCAUCCGCAGUAUUGAUAUUUUUAGUUCAUUUAGCCUUUUUAUGCGUGAAAAAUAUUUAAUUUAGGUCAAAAACACUUGAAAUAUUGUAAAAAUAUCUUCCCGCCGGGAAAUAUUGAGCGACUUGAAGGCGGCGCCCUCUGCUGUUUUCAUAGCCGCAACACAUUUCCCCAUCCCCGCCCUGCAGAUAGCGCCAUCAAACCUUUUUUUAAUGAAAGUUGGCAUAAAAGAAACAAGUUAUCCGCAAUUUGCAGCAGAGAUGGUGCAACUAAAUCUGGACCAGGGGAUCUCCCGUAUAUACAGCAAGCCUCGUUUCACAUCCCACAAUUCCUACCGGUGCAAAUGUGCUUAUGCCUUUUUGACACCUUUUUUUUUUUGUGGCGGUGGGGACGUGCCAGCUGAGUCCUGCGACGCGGUGGCCUCAGUACCUUGUCGUCCUGGUACAAAGACUGUUUCUUUCCCGCUCGCCCUCCACCUGAAAGUGGCAGACGGAGGUGCAUGCCAAGCCAUCCAUCCUAAAGUGCGUAAAACAAGGUGCCAACUCCCACGGCUCUCCAUAACGUCAACUGUAAUACCCUUCACUGCAUGCACUAUCGUGAGAUUUAUUGUUUUUUUUUUAAAGUAUGUCCAUUUUUUUUUUAUCCUGUCCGACCAAAUGAUCGAAAAAAACAUCUCAUAUUUAUGUCCGUUUUAAAAAGGGAACUUUUUUUCAAUUUAAUUUAAAUGUAAUAUUUUUGUUGUCAGCAGGGAACAAAAAAGGCUUCCACUGGAAGUGACGUAAAGGGACUUGUUUGACUGUUUUUUUUCUGCUUCGUCGUCAUGUUCUGUUCAUAUUGAAUCAGGUCAGCGUGAAAUAAAAUCCUUCAGUUGCUUUUCAGGUGAACUCUGUGGACUCUAGCUGGUUCCGUGGUGCUGUCUUAUUCCCAUGUGCCAUACGUCUGGUUUCUCCAAGCUGAUGGGAGGUGUUGGGGCGCCACCUUGUGUUCACUGUGAACCGCUCAGGAUGAGUUGGUACAUUUUCUUUUCAAAGAGCAAUCAACACAUGCUGGAGGGAAAAGAGCAUUUUUACCGACAAGAAAGCCAUUGCUUUUACUUACUGCACCUCAAAUUGGAAUAAAGUGUAUCAGCAUUCA